AUGGUUGGAGUAAGGUGCUGCUUCAAACUACUCUAUGCAAUUGUGGUGAUGAUUUUACUACACAUGAACAAUCCUUGCAUUGGAUGCAGCGAGAGGGAAAAGCAAGCACUCCUUGCACUUAAACAAGGUCUCAUGGGUGACGACAGCUAUCGCCUCCUUUCCUGGGGAAGAGAAGCCCGAAACAAAGAUUGCUGCGAAUGGGAUGGAGUCUACUGCAGCAACCAAACUGGUCAUGUUGUUAAGCUUGAUCUUGGAUUCCAAUUUUUGCAAGGUAAGAUUAGUCCUAAACUCAUUGAGUUGCAGCAUUUGGAAUAUUUGGACCUUAGUGGGAAUAAUUUCAGUCGGAGCCAAAUUCCAGAUUUCAUUGGAUCUCUGAGCAAUUUAAGAUACCUCGAUCUCUCUAAUGCAAAUUUUGGAGGUUUAAUUCCAUAUCAACUUGGAAACCUUAGAAACUUGCAUUAUCUCGAUCUUAAGUUUCAAGAUUAUCUUUCUGGCUCUAUUUAUGCAAAAAAUCUCUAUUGGCUUCCUAAUCUUUCUCGUCUAAAAUACUUGGACCUAAGUGUCGUUAAUCUCAGUGAUGUUGUUGGUUGGCUGGAAGCAGUUAUUAUGCUUCCUAAACUAACAAACUUGACAUUAUACGGUUGUAAUCUUCCUCCUCCGGUCAUAUCCUCUGUUUCUCUCUUGAAUUCUUCUAAAUCUCUUGUUCAUGUCGAUCUCUACAAAAACAAUCUUAACUCAUCAAUCUUCCAAUGGUUGCCCAACCUUGUUUAUCUUGAUCUCUCGGAAACUAAAUUGAGUGGAAGAAUACCUGAAAGUAUUGGACAGAUGUCCAAUCUGGAGACUAUCUAUUUGAGUAUGAAUUCUUUUGAAGGAGUAAUUUCAGAAACUAAUUUCUCGAAACUCUCCAAAUUAAGGAUUUUGGAUUUAUCCUCUAACUCACUAGUUUUAAACUUCAGUUUUGAUUGGGUUCCUCCCUUUCAAUUGCGUCAGAUAAGAUUGGGAUCUUGUAAGAUGGGACCGUAUUUCCCGAAAUGGCUUCGAACUCAGAAAAGUUAUGACUGGCUGGAUAUUUCUAAUGCUGGAAUUUCUGAUACCAUUCCAACUUGGUUUGGGGAUUUGCGAAAUAAAGUCGAGUAUAUGGAUUUGUCUCACAAUCGACUUAGAGGAAAUUUGAUAUCAGAGUUAGCAUCUUAUUAUUUAAAUGUGAGUUGGAACCAAUUGGAGGGUCCAAUCCCUUCAAUCCAAUCAGACGUAUCAAUUCUAGAUCUGUCCAAUAAUAAAUUUUCAGGGUCAGCUUCAUUUUUGUGUACAAGUACAACCGAGGAGAGUUAUUUAACCUAUCUGGAUCUCUCAAGCAACCAUGUAUCCGGAGAACUUCCAGAUUGCUGGAUCCAUUUUCACAAAUUAGUCUUUCUUGAUUUGAGCAACAACUCUUUAUCUGGGAAAAUUCCUACAACGAUGGGACACUUGAUUCGUAUUGGGACACUAAACCUAAAUAACAACAGAUUUGUGGGAGAGUUGCCUUCACAAUUGAAGAAUUGCAUAAACUUGACACUUGUUGAUGUUGGGGAAAAUAAAUUAUCAGGAUUAAUACCUGAAUGGCUAGGGGAAAAUCUGCUAAAUUUGGCUAUCGUUAUCCUUCGAUCUAAUCAGUUUUAUAGGAGCAUCCCACCACAGUUAUGCCAUCUUACACAACUUCAAAUUUUGGAUUUGUCAAUGAACAAUAUCUCUGGAACUAUACCCAAAUGUCUCAACACUUGGACUACUUUGGCUCAAAAAGGACAUUCAAGUGCAAGUAUCGAACAUUCCAAUAUUUUUCAGUGGGGAGGAUUAUUCUAUGAUUUGCCUUAUGAUGAUGAAGCAUCUUUAACAUGGAAAGGAGUAAGGUCAAAAUACAAAAGUAUUUUGGGACUUGUAAAGAGUAUUGAUCUCUCAUCCAAUAUGUUGAGUGGGGAGAUUCCUACUGAAAUCACUUAUCUUGUUGGUUUAGUUUCUUUAAACUUGUCGAGAAACCGAUUAACAGGUCAAAUACCUUCAAGGAUUGGAAAUUUGCAGGAGUUAGAUUCUCUUGAUUUAUCAAGAAACCAGAUAAAUGGCAGAAUUCCAAUAAGUAUUUCUUGGAUAAAUCGUAUUGGUUACUUGGACUUGUCACAAAACAACUUGUCUGGAAAAAUUCCAAUAGGCAAUCAGCUCCAAACCAUUGACUUUGCUUAUGGUGGAAAUCCUCUGCUUUGUGGAGAACCACUCCCAAGGACAUGCUCUGAGGAGGAAAAAGGUCCAGGACAAUCUGUGUUGGCCUUGUAG